AUGUCGUUCAAGAUCGUAGUUCUGCUAUCCCUUCUGGCUGCGGUGAUCGCUUGUGCUCAGGCUCAAAUUGGUCCGAGAAGUCGUUCGGUGCGACCACUACCGAGAUACCUGCCUCGCCCGAGCUAUCCUGGACGUGUAGGCGCUCGUAUCGUCGGAGGGCUCGAGAUCGACGUUUCCGAAACUCCGUAUCAGGUGUCUCUGCAGUACUUCAAGAGUCACCGCUGCGGUGGAUCCGUGCUGAACAGCAAGUGGGUCCUGACUGCCGCUCACUGUACCGACAGCGUGUUAGUACCGACCGCCUUGGCCGUGCGCCUCGGAUCUUCCAGACACGCUUCCGGUGGAACGGUGUUGCGCAUUGCGAAUAUCUUCCAACAUCCGAAAUACGAUCCAGAGACUACCGAUUUCGACUUUGCGCUCCUGGAGCUGCAAGGUGAGCUGUCCUUCAGCGAUGUCGUGCAGCCGGUCGCUCUUCCCGAGCAGGGUGAACCCGUUGAGGAUGGAACUCUGACGACCGUUUCCGGAUGGGGUAACACCCAGAGUGCCGCCGAGUCCAACGCUGUAUUGCGAGCUGCCAACGUGCCCACCGUCAACCAGCAGGAGUGUGACCUGGCAUACACGGCUUUCGGAGGAAUUACCGACCACAUGCUGUGUGCCGGAUACAAACACGGUGGAAAGGAUGCCUGCCAGGGAGAUUCCGGUGGCCCGCUGGUUGCAGAGGGCAAGCUGGUCGGAGUCGUGUCCUGGGGAUACGGAUGUGCCAAACCUGGAUACCCUGGCGUAUACUCUCGCGUGGCCAGUGUUCGCGAUUGGGUACGAGAGAAGAGCGGAGUUUAAAUGAUUAUUAAUGGAACGUAGCAACUAUUCGAAGAACAACUGAUAUUUAUAAAUUAAACGACUGUUA